UAAGAUAGCGCUUGUCGAGUCGUUGAUAGUUCGCAUAUAGCAAGGUACCCCAACUCGGAGAAACCGACGCGUAGGUCAAACCUUGCCUCGGUUUAAUUCACAUAUGUAUUAUUUUUUCCCCAGUUUUUUUUUCUGGUAGAAUAUUCCGAAACCUCGAUAUUAAAUUGUAUUCCGCGGCAUGUAGUUAGCGUGCUGUCUAACGUUACCGGCUUUGCGUCAGGAGUGAAGACCAAUCAAUCACCGGGUACCUUCGCUAGCUAGGUUGUGUGUACAGUGUGGUGUUGCUGAGGCAAGGGAAAAAACGCAGCGGUCACCGGUGACUGGAUCUUGUGGCGUGAGCACUAAUGCUGUCUAGCAAACACGGCGAAUCCCAGUCGCCGGUGUAAAACGCGGUGUGUAAAAUACAUCUUGCAGCCCUCGACCCAUAUUAUAAUAAUAGAUAGGUCGAUAGUGGGAGAAGCGCAAGGAUGUUGCAAGUGCUGGCUUGCGGCGUCGUAGUUUUUCCCGGACUCUUCUUCGUCUUUCGGAAGGUACUCCCGUCCAUUUUCAAACAGUGGACCGAUGCAGACGUUGUACUGGUCAGCGAGAGGCUGGUGUCCUCCAUCCACGCCAUCAUGGCCACCACGGCAGGAGUCAUCGUCGUAUUGGCAUGCAGCGGUGACGUCAUGACUGACAGGUACUGGCUGGCCACCUACUUUGUCAUCUGGUAUGGCGUGCCCUACAUGACAUACGAUAUCUACGCCAUGUACCUCAGCCACUACUACCGCUUCCGGGUCAAGGGUCACGAGGAGUAUAAGGAGCACUCGUUGACCACGAUCAACUCGUUUGUCCGCCGUGAGUUCCUGCUGGUGCUCCACCACAUCGCGCUGCUCACCAUCCUGCUGCCCGUCACCCUGUUCUUCAGGAGGGACCAGGGCGAUUACUUCAUCGGCUGCCUGUUCCUCACAGAGCUCAGCACGCCCUUCGUCUCCUUAGGGAAGAUCCUCAUCCAGCUGGGUCUGCAGGACUGCUGGAUCCAUAAGGCCAAUGGGGGCAUGGUGUUGCUCAGCUUCUUCCUGUGUCGAAUCGCCCUCUUUCCCUACAUGUACUGGGUCUACGGCCGUCACUACGGCAUCCCCGUCUACGGCGUGCCCUUCCACCUGACACUGUCGGUCAACCUGGGCAGCCUGUGUAUCCUGGCGCCGCAGGUCUACUGGUUCGUGCUGCUCUGCCGCAAGGGCUGGCGGCUCUACCAGCGCCAGUGUCACUCCUCCCCCCUGCCCCCACCUAGCCCCCCCUCCCUCACGGACAACCAACCCAAGGGAAACGAUUAGAGCUGGAGAGCUCACUCCGUCACCAUCGCUCUCUCUCUGUUCUUUCUCGGUUCUCUCUACUCUAUAUGCGCUCGAGUCACACAAAAAUGAACCACCAUCGACUACUACUUACUACUUCUACUGCAGAAGCACUUCGGCUACAUACCACAGUCUCCACAAAACUACUACCAUUACUACUAUGAUUCCACUAGUACUGCUACUGCUCCUCCUUCCCCUGAGCCCCCACCCCCAUGUUUCCCUUUUGCUUCGAUACUACUGAUCGCUCCAUGCCCAGUCCAAGCUAUACUCCAUUUUUUUUUUUGAGUGCUCGUGUGCUUGGAUUAGAGUGAUUGGACAAGGGUUAUAUUUGUAGUGCUACACUGGAGUUUCCCUAAAAGAUAUGAAGAAGACCGAGAAUGGAAGUCCUGGCUAUUUUCGGGGGGGGGGGGGCUGAUACACUCCCCCGGCCCCUCCACUUCAUCUAUUACUUGCUCUGCUGAUUGGAAGAUCAGUUAGUGUAGAUGAAUGUGUAUGUAGAAUUUGUUGAUUUAUUUUGUUUUGUCAAUGGUUUUUAUGUCAAGUCCUGAAGAUUCACAUUUUAUGAAGUGUUUGUCCACCCACCCAGUCCUCAUCUUUAAAAGACCGCCGGCGGGAGAGGAGGAGAAGCGGGAAAGGGGACUUGGCAUGGAGAUAGUAAUGGUGACAAGGCUGGGUGGAGGGGUGGAAUGGGAUGGGGUGUUUACAAACUAAGAUAGGUACGGGUGUCACCUCAUCUACAUUUGAAGGAGAAAAUGAGAAAGAAAUGUUUGCACCAAGCUCUUUGCACCAGCAUAGCUAUACAAAAACCCAUUUAAUGUGAUUGGAUUGUGGAACUCCACCCUCCUUUAUCCACCUCAGCGCCUCCCCAUUGUCCCGUUUCCUCAUUCACAGUUCUCCAUGGCUGCCGCGGCUGGCCAAUCGGUGUGCCUGCAGCGCGCUCGUCUUCCUCCUUUGUUGUUUACGGCCCAACAGGGUUCUGUGUGCUGUCCUGCUGCGUCUGUUUACAUGAAUUCUCUAAACCCACGCCCCUCAGUGUCACACAGGGUGGGGCAUCACAAGCUAGGAGCCUCUCUCUAUAUUAUGUGCUGUGUCCUCCCUACCUAAAGGGGGUGGCUUAGCAAAAGCUUUGUCCGUAUGUUUACAUACACAAGACUUCUCUGGGAGCGCUGUAGCAGCAUUAGAAGGAAUGGGAUUGCUCGUUUAGUCCCGGGUUCGACUCCAUUGCAACAGCUGAAGCUGCUUUUAAUGGGUGGAGACAAGACUUUACGGUCACUCGACGUCAAGUUUGUGGGGUGGGAGUGGUGGGGUGAUUCUUUUAGGUCAAUGCUGCCCUCUGGCAACAGGGGGUCUGGGGGCCACAUGGGAGGGGCUUGUAUACCACUGGGCAUCCCUUUUAAGGUCACAUUGUGUCCUCCAGGGACCGGCCCACUAGGUGCCAGUUGGAGCAAUAAAACAGACGGGGUUGAAAAUGUCGAGGACAAUUUAAAACCCCAUGUAGUAGAGAUUAACCUGAUGUUUAGAUUUAAAAAACAGUAAUGUUCCUAGCAUGAUGCUGGAGCAGGAUGAUUACACAGCUGCAUGCGGCCCUGCUCCAAAAUUAUACUCUAUUUUCAAACAGAAGAUUGUCGAAUAGAAUAAGAAAUGCUUGAUGGUGGCGAUACACUCAUUUAAUGUAUUCUACUUUUACUCAUGAUUGCCUUUUCUGGGGAUUAAUUAUGAGUUUUCCCCGAUUUGGUUGGCUCCUUAAAACAGGUCAGCAAGCAGGAAACAACCCCAGUUUUUUUUAAAGUAACUGUCCAGUGAAAAUAUCACUUUUAAAAGUUCAUAUUCUGUUAACUCGUACCCAAAUGUUGACUCAUCCUAUAGUUGUAUUUGUGGCCAAAGCAUAAAUUGGAGGGAAAAAAAACACCUCAAAAUUGUAUCUAGAGCUGUGACGAUAAGCAGAAAAUUACCGACAUUACCUUCCCCUUACCGAAGCAUUUUGCAUACAUCAGGAAUUUUCUGUGAUUUUGCUAUACAAUGUUUCUGUAGUUUGUCCUAAAAUCAUUAUUUGGUCAACAGUAAUAGCCUAUGCAUUAUGUUGAUUCCUGCUUGUCCCUGUUUCACUGUUGGCUGCUGACACCCACUGCACACGGCGGAGGAGAGAUGCAUUCUGAGAAGCACAAGCAUAUGGCCGUUGCUCAAAAUGCUAUUGCGGGGGGGAAUACCGUUUUCAAAGCAACUACGUUUGUUCUAGUUAGAGAGGAGACACAGCUUUCUGUGAGUAUAUCAUGUAUUUAUCACCUCAAUUGAGUUCAUGGAAACACUUUACAACCGGAAUAGGCUGUAGUUAGUAUGGUUUCGAUGCAGCCGAGAUGAGCAGAGCCCGCCAUUUGCAGUUAAUAUGCCUACAUCAUGUAGCCUAGGCCUAGCGGUGGAAAGUUUCUGUAGGACAUUCGCCUACGUUUACUGAUAGCCAUGUAGGCUAAUUAUUUAUCCUAUAUAGCAACAAUAUCCUAUUUAGAGUUAGCAAUCUAGCUGUUUUGAGUUCCCACUUCCUCAGGUGGUGAAUUAUAUAGCCUUUAGGCCAAUCUGCACAAAGAUGUCGUCAAAAAUACACCUGCUAAUAUUGGAUCAUAUUUUAAUAGGUUACAAAUCAAGGUAUCUCAUGCAUUUCCUGGAUAUGUUAGAUGAAAUGGCUUACUUUUUGAGUCAGGCUGCUACUUGGCACUGAAAAAUAAAUUAUCGAGAGCCCUGCCGCUAAUGUAAAGUAACUGUCCAUUUAAAUAAAAUAAAAAGAUCAUUGUAUUUGUUAUCGAGCAAUAUUGUUACAUUUAUUGCAAUACUACUUUUUGUCCAUAUUGCCCAGCUCUAGCACCUCCCAAUUUUUAUUUCUAUAAUUUAGCGCAGAAUUAUCAUUGGAGCAUAAAUUUUUAUUUUUUUUACAUUAUCAUGAUAUGGGUUUUUGUCCAUAUCGCCCAGCUCUACAGACAGUUUAAAAAAUGCUAGCUGUUUCCACAAAGAGGAUGACGCAUUAAUAUUUUUUGACUGGUCGACACCCACACCAUUCGGCUGUUUAGGUACCACACCAUUCCAAAACAGAAAAUAUGCUUUUUAACAUAAUACAAUUUUUUGGGAGAAGAAACAAUUCCAGUCAUUGUAAUUAAUUCUAGGUCAUAUUUCAUAGAAAUCUGGACACUACUUUAAAUGUGAUACAUUUUAUCAUAUUGUCCACAAACCAAUAAUACCUUGAAUACUUUCCCAGAGUUUUAUGUUGUCUUUUACUCGUCCGUAGCCUUCAAAUAUGAAGGCAAUAGUUCUGUAUAAAUUAAACACUGUUAACUUGUAGAUAAUUAUUGCUAAUUUACUAGUAAAUUGAAGUGCUGGUUAUUUUAGCCAGAGUGCCCAUCCACGGCAUGUGUUUUAUAGUGGCAAGGAGGAACUGACGCUUGUUGGCAUCAGUGCUGCUAGCAUGGAGCACCAAUCACAUAGCUGUAAAUACAGGAUAAUAAUAACUAAAUAUGUUUGUUUUUAGAGAAUGCAUUACCAUAUGCAAUUUUUUUUCAUGAAAUACAACCUUGAUAAUGAGAAGCUUCUAUAGAUUCUGUUAGCACUUUGAAAAGUUUGAAGCCGUGAGAGGUACAUUAAUAUCACGUACACACACACUAUUUCUGCUGAAACUCAACACAUUCUUCUAGUUUUAACACUGACCAGACUUAAGAAGGCUGCCCUUGGCAAUUGGAUACAUUUGAGAAUGGAGGGAAGUGUUUGUGUGAGGACCAAAACAACUUUUUCUUUCAAACCUACAUGCCCUGACCACAUUUUAGCUUGAGCAAAUCAUCAUGUAUUUAAUCAACGUUAUCUGGUCUUAGAGGCUAUUUUAAUAAGUAUUGGGCCCCAGGAUGCACCUUUGCAUCAGUUUUGUCAACGUGGCCCUGUCCGCUGAAGUUCUGUCUGCAUGUUAGGUUGCAUUUUGGGGAUUCUGCUGUCCUCUAGGAGACUACUGCAUUGUGGGGACUGCUCUCUGUUGGUGACUGAUGCAUUGUGGGGACUGCUCUCUGUUGGUGACUGAUGCAUUGUGGGGACUCUGCUCUCUUUAGGAAACUGCGGCAUUGUAGGGAAUCUGCUCUCCUCUCUAGCGGACAGUUGUAUUGUGGUGACACUGCUGUACUCUGUAGACCCCUGCAUUGUGGGGACUCAGCCAUUUUCUGCUGAGAAACACUCCAGUCCGGGAAAGGACCAAACCAGGCCACUGUGCUUCCGGGGAGGCGCUGGAGCAAGAGCAGAGCAGGCAGAAGGCUGGGGAAGGGAGGAAGGGAAGCUGAGUGCUGCUGCUUUUAAACGAUGGGCUUGUUUGUCUGGUUUGGCCCGGACCCCGAGACAGAGGCAAAGAGUCCAGCUUUAUCAAUAUGCCCCGACUCGUGUCUUUUGUCUGUCUGUCUGACUGAUGCGACCACAGAUCUCCAAACAGAAACUUCCCAGGCCUUCUAAUUGUGCGCUCUCACUCUCUUGUCCUCCCUAUUUCUCUCUCUCCCUUCCUGUCUCCAUCUUUCUCACUCACUCUUCGUACCCUUACUUUACGUUUACCAGCAUUGGGGAACAUCCCGCGUAUGCGCCACGUCUAUUUCUAUGGGCACAAGCACUGUUCAUGACAAACUGUUCACACCUCUCUUGUUGGUGGAGAGAAUGCAGGUUUAAAGCUUAUUUCCUGCAAUUCUGCCCCCAAAAAUAUAUAUAUUAUUAAUUUUUUUAAAUAAUUGUAAUUUAUUUAUUUAAAUUAUUUUUUUUGUCAUGGGGUGCAAAGAAAAUUGUUCAGUUUUAAUACAAAUGUUUUUGCAGUUCCAUACAUUUUGCCAUGUCUAAUGUGUGUUCAUGUGAUAUUGAGUGACAAAAAAAUUACAACAAUAUCUAUGAGCUAAAAAAAUGUUAGCUGACAUGGGCUAGUUGAUCUGGACAUUUAUAACAAGUUGUAAAUAGCUCUUUAAGGUAUGCAAUGACUAACAUGACAAGAGGACCUGAUGAUGCACUACCCAAUUGCACCUUGAGCAUUCUACUAUUACAGCUCUCAAGAGUAAGUUUUUAAAGCUGGAAUGUGUUCCUUAAAAAAAUUAUGCCGCCCCAGAGUUUGGGAACCACUGAUCUAGAUGAGCCGUUGCUGGCAUCAGGUGUCCAGUCUCUCCACUCAGCAGCUCAAGAGUCCAGGAGUUAAUUAGGCUACAGGGCCAUUUCCUAACAAGGCCAAUCAAGCCAUUAUGGCUUUAAAAAGGCUCUCUGGAUGUACUGCUCACAGUGACACGCCUAAAGGACAGACUCUCCAUCUGUUCACAUGGGUUACCUCCCAACUGGCACCCUAUUCCCUAUAUAGUGCACUACAUUCAACCAGAGCCCUAUUUUAUGUACUGCACUUGAUUUUAUGUAGGCCUACUUUUAAUGCAAGAUGUCCUUGACUAUCUUGAAAUGUGUACCCCAAGUAAAAUGUAUUAUUAUUAUUGGACCAGAGCAGAAUCUGCGUGCCCUCACAAGUCAAUGCCACAAGUGUCCUCAUGAUGCAGGACCGCCGCAACCAAGGACAACCACUUUUGGGAACCUAAUAUCGACAUUUCAGAGACAUUUUCCCCCCAUCUUGAAGUGUUUUUUUGUUUGUUGUUUUGAUAUGUAAGACCAUGACAGAUGGGGUUUGGCCUGAAAAGGUGGGGUGACAUGGUAUACCUUUGAAAUUUCCCUUAGUCUGUUGCAAGGUCGACGUCGUCGUGAGGUAUGAGGCGGAUUAUAAAGAGCUAGUAGUCUCAUACACUUUGACACUCAGGGCACCUUGACGUGUCGCUAAAGUGCAAUCCCCCGCCCCAUACCCUGACAUCCAAUCCAGAGCCUUCAAAUCAUGCAUAGGGUUCAAGGGUCUGCAUGCAAAACACAUAUCCUGUUAAUCAUCUUUAUUUUAAUUCUUAAUCCGGACAGAUUUGUUUUGUUAUAAUAUAUGAAUUCUUAUGUUCGGCCUUCUUGGAGGCUCCUCUCUUUGCUCAGGGUUUGAUGAAGAUGUUAACAUAUAACUGUAUAACUUAGAUUUGUUUUAAAAAUUGUGAAACGGAGUUACGAUGAAAACAAUGGAUUCUGAAAUAUGAAAAUACCUGGAAUGGCAUGUGGUUUUCUCCUGCUUGUGCCAUUGUUUUCUUCUUUGCUUUCUUCCAAAUGCAUUUUGACAUGGCUUGUGGUAUUGCAACCUGUAGGGUUGGUAGACCAAAGAUUGUCAGGCACUUUAGUCAACCCCCCCUCCCCCCCAGACUGCAUGGGGCAGUGUCUCCCCUUCCCACUAACACAACCCUUAUCCCAGGUCAGCAUCCAUCCAUAUCCAGUCUAUGUAGGAGCCUCGGCACAGUGAAGCGUGAGUUGUGCAUUAUCAGUGUGAUCAGGAUUCAUGGCUGUGCAUAGGUGGAACAUUUAGCUGGGGUCUGGGGGCAGUGCCCCCUAGGCUUACUUUUCCAGUAGUUUUACUGCUUUGAUUUCACACAUAUCCACACAGGGCCGGUCCCUCUUAUCAAGGGACUCACAGGGGCCUGGUAGGUGUCGAGGGUAUGGCCCACUGACUGGCUGGCCACUGGAUUCAAGUUAAAACUGAAUUGGGUUACAUUUCUGUAACUGGGCUGAUAAAACAUGUUUAUUUUUAUUUUAAAUAUGCAUUUUAUCCAUUGCAUGCAUUUCCUCUGUCCUCUUUGUACAAUACUACUGUACACGUCUUCUUUUAAAAAAUCCCCCAUACUUUAUUUUUUACCCCGUUUUCCUCCCCAAUUUCGUGAUCUCCAAUUACGAUCUUGUUUCAUCGCUGCAACUCUCCAACGGGCUAGAGAGAGAGAGAGAGAGAGAGAGAGAGAGAGAGAGAGAGAGAGAGAGAGAGGGAGAGAGGCAAAGGUCGAGUCAUGCAUCCUCUGAAACAUGACCUGCCAAACCGCUCUUUUUAACAUGCGCCCGCUUAACCCGGAAGCCAGCUGCACCAAUGUGUCGUAGGAAACAGUUCAACUGACGACCAAAGUCAGCCUGUAGGCGCCCGGCCCGCCACAAGGAGUCCCUAGAGCGCGAUGAGCCAAGUAAAGCCCCCCGUGGCUAAACCCUCCCCUAACUCGGACGACGCUGGGCUAAUAGGGCAUCGCACAAUGGGACCCCCAGUUACGGACGGUUGUGACACAGCCUGGGAUCAAAUCCGAGUCUGUAGUGACGCCUCAAGCACUGCGAUGCAGUGCCUUAGACCGCUGCGCCACUCGGGAGGCCUUAUAUUUUUUUAAGACAAAGGGUGUUUGUCAACUCCUUUGGGGGGUCUUCCAAUGUGCUUCCCUCUUCCAUCAUCACGGUUUGGUUAAAGUUUUUAUAUACUCAAGUUCCGAAUUUGUUUGCUGUGCUUAGUUUUUUUGUGGAUUUAGACUCUCUCUAUGACAGUACACUGUGUACUGUUAACGUUUUCUGUCCCGAAUCGGACUUCCAUCCUCACAAUAGUGUCUGUCACCUCAUGUCACCUUUUGGCUGUGUAAUUUACUAAAUGCAGCUUAUUCACUACCUUCAACACUCCUUGCCUCCUGUUAUUUUUGAUAACAUUAUCAGAUUUUUUCAUAUAUAUUUAUAUAUCUGAUUUUGAUAUAUACAUAUAUAUUACGUUUUUUUUUGUUUUUGUAGUGUGCCCUUUUUGAGGAAUUUCUUAUCUGAGAAACGAAUGGGCUCUUUAACUAACCUAAACAUUGAUUGAGAGGAAUUAUUUUGUUGCAACUUGUAAAAGACACCCCAUAAAGACAAAUAAAACUGAUUUGAUGAAUCCUUUUAAA